AUGUACGAGAGGAAUAACUUCAUGGGGCAGCAGAUGGACAUGACUGACGACUGUGGCUCCAUCACAGAUCGCUACCACUGGAUUCUCUACAAUAGAAGAGUAUCAGUUCACCAGCUGCAAACUGACCCAACUAUCAAAUCCUCUGCUGUGACGAACGACAAACUCAUCACCAUGGCCAGGAAUGUGUUCGUUCUGUCUGAACAGAUCAUCUUCUACGAGGAGAGGAACUUCAUGGGCCGCUCCUAUGAGUGCAGCAGCGACUGUUCGGACAUGUCGCCCUACCUGAGCCGCUGUCACUCGUGCAGGGUGGAGAGCGGCUGCUGGAUGGUGUACGAUCGCCCCAACUUCAUGGGAAACCAGUAUUUCCUCAGGAGGGGCGAGUACGCCGACUACAUGAGCAUGUGGGGCUGGGGCAACAACUGGAUCAGGUCCUGCCGCAUGAUCCCAAUGUACAGGGGCCCCUACAGAAUAAGGAUGUAUGAGAGGGAGAACUUCAUGGGGCAGCAGAUGGACGUGACUGACGACUGCGACUCCAUCACCGAUCGAUACCACUGGUCCGGCGGAUGCCACUCGUGCCACGUUAUGGAGGGCCACUGGCUCAUGUACGAGCUUCCUCACUACCGAGGCAGGAUGUGGUACUUCAGGCCCGGAGAGUACCGCAGUUUCAGGGAGAUGAUGGGAAUGACCAGCAUGAGGUUCAUGAGCAUGAGACGCAUCAUGGAUUCCUGGUAUUGA